UUUAGGUCUCGUCUGUAUCAGGAAAAAAUACAGAGAAACUUGGCCAAUAUCACUGUUCCUGAGACUCAACUCAACAAAAACGGCAAAGCGAUCCCGCUUCUUGGCUUCGGAACGGCCGAGUACCCAUUUGGCUCCUCUGACAACGUGAAGGAACACCUCCUUGAUGCGAUCCGAUUGGGUUACCGACACUUCGACUCAGCCGCACUUUACCUGUCCGAGCAGCCCCUCGGAGAAGCUGUGGCCAAAGCCCUCGAGCUCCGCUUCAUAAACUCGCGUGAGGAGCUGUUCAUCACGACGAAGCUUUGGUGUAGCGAUGCCCAUGGCAACCGUGUCAUCCCCGCGCUCCAGGCAUCCCUCAAGAAUCUCGGGCUCGAGUACGUGGACUUGUAUCUGGUGCAUUGGCCGGCGUGCGUGAAGGCGGGUGAGUAUGAGCUUCCGGUGAAGAAGGAGGAUCUGCUUCCGUUUGAUUAUGAGAGUGUGUGGAAGGCCAUGGAAGAGUGUCAGAAGCUGGGCUUGGCCAAAAGCAUAGGUGUGAGCAAUUUCUCAUGCAAAAAGCUUGAGAAGCUGCUCAGCAUCGUCGAGAUUCCUCCUGUUGUCAACCAAGUGGAGAUGAACCCUAUGUGGCAGCAACAGAAGCUAAGGGAAUUCUGCAAGGAGAAGGGAAUACACAUCACGGCCUACUCUCCGUUGGGCGCCAAAGGAACACUUUGGGGGAACAAUAGAGUGAUGGAAUGCGAGGUGCUACAAGAGAUUGCCAAAGCCAAAGGGAAGACACUUGCCCAGGUUUGUCUAAGGUGGACACAUGAACAAGGAGUCAGCGUGCUAGUGAAAAGCUUCAACGUGGAGAGGAUGAAAGAGAACCUCGACAUAUUUGACUGGAGCUUGAGCCUUAAAGAGUUGAACAGAAUUCGUCAAAUUCCGCAGAAGAAAGGAUACCCCGCACUUGAAUUUGUAUCCCCAGAUGGUCCUUACAAGGCUGUCGAAGAGCUCUGGGAUGGGGAGAUUUAAUUAAGAAUCGUCAAUUGCUUCAAUAAGUUCAUUCAACUUGAGACUUUUUCAAUGAACUAUUCUAAGAUUGUUGAACCUUAAUGCCAAAUAAAUGCUAGUCCCUUCUGUUUUAGAGAAGUACAAUUCUGUUCAAACGUUAUUCAGCA